GUCGAGGCGCGUACAGUGCAGUGAGUGGCGCACGGGGAGCCUGCGUUUCGACAUGGCUCUACGCGCUUUGUUUAUCGUGGUGGUGUUUAUCGCCGCCGGGGACGCAGUGUAUAAUAGAGAACGCGACCGUCUUCGCGCUGAAUCUCGUAUCCUGGACCGUGCUUGUGAACUAAGUUCUUGUUAUCCUGCCACCGGAAACCUGCUUAUUGGACGCGAAGCACGGCUCUUUGCCUCGUCCACAUGUGGCGCCUAUGAACGUGAACGGUACUGCAUUGUAUCACAUCUUCAAGAUCGAAAAAAAUGCUUUUGGUGCUAUUCAACUAAUAACACAAUACACGACCCAAUGUUAAAUCAUCGAAUUCAAAAUAUCAUUUAUAAAUUUACACCAGGAACGAGAUAUAAGUCCUGGUGGCAAUCCGAAAAUGGAAAAGAAAAUGUAUCUGUUCAGUUGGAUAUGGAAGCUGAAUUUCAUCUAACACAUUUGAUAAUACAGUUUAAAACAUUUCGUCCAGCUGCUAUGUUAGUCGAGAGGUCUUUUGACUUCGGCAAAACCUGGCGUGUAUACAGAUACUUCGCACACAACUGCGAUGAAGCUUUCCCCGGAAUUCCAAAGCAUACGCAACGUACUUUGACAGAAAUUGUUUGCGAAUCUCGUUAUUCAGGCGUCGCACCAUCUACGGAGGGAGAUGUUAUACUACGAAUUUUACCAUCUAAUAUAAAUGUUACCAACCCAUACUCGGAAGAAGUGCAAAAUUUAUUACGCAUGACUAAUUUGAGAAUAAAUUUUACUAAACUCCAUACUCUUGGUGAUGAUUUGUUAGAUAAUAGAGCCGAGAUUCAAGAGAAAUAUUAUUAUGCUAUAUACGAAAUGACCGUACGUGGUUCUUGUUCAUGUUACGGCCACGCAUCUCGGUGCUUGCCUAUGCCUGGAGUGGAAUCUAAAAACGACAUGGUGCAUGGGCGGUGUGAAUGCACUCAUAAUACUCGUGGUUUGAAUUGUGAAUAUUGUGAAGAUUUCUUUAACGACCUUCCGUGGCAACCAGCUGUUGGAAAAACAUCUAACGCUUGUAAAAGAUGCACUUGUAAUAAUCAUGCAACAAAGUGUCACUUUGAUGCUGCAGUUUAUAAUAAAACUGGAAAGAUAAGUGGCGGUGUAUGUGAUAAUUGUCAACAUAAUACUAUGGGUGUCAAUUGUGAACGUUGCAAACCAAAGUUUUAUAAGGACCCUAAUUUAGAUAUACAAAGUGCAGAUAUAUGUAAACCAUGCGAUUGUGAUCCGCAGGGAACCACUGAUGAUGAGAUCCUAUGUGAUGAUGAAACAGAUAUUGUGAAUAAUAAAACUGCUGGUAGGUGUUUAUGUAAAUUGAAUGUUGACGGAGCUAGAUGUGAUAGAUGUAAAGACGGCUAUUGGAAUUUUGAUGCUUUUAGUGUUGAAGGUUGCACAUUAUGUACAUGUAAUGGUUUGGGCACUAUUAAUGAAAGAGGUUGUGAUCCUUUGUCUGGCAAUUGCUUUUGUAAACGACAUGUUACUGGAAGGAACUGUGAUCAAUGUUUACCAGAAUUUUAUGGACUCUCAGAUAGUGACGAUGGUUGUACACCUUGCGAUUGUGAUGUUGGGGGGUCAAUUGACAGGGACUGUGAUGUCAUAACCGGACAGUGUAAAUGUCGACCAAAUGUGAUGGGUCGUCGUUGCGAUCAACCAAUACAAAACUUUUUCGUUGGUGCUCUUGAUUCAAUCGUAUUUGAAGGUGAAUCUAGUCUAUGUGAUUCUCAAAUAGACGACAAUGCUAUUCAAAGUCCACAGUGUCAUGUUGUCAUUCGGGAGAAUUUCCCAGAUGGCAGAAAAGAAACUUGGACUGGCCCUGGUUUUAUGAAAAUUCAAGAAGGUAGUUCAUUAGUGUUCAUUAUAGAUAAUCUAAAAAGAAGUAUGAAUUAUAAUGUGUUAAUUAGAUAUGAGCCUCAAUCUAAUUUGAAUUGGGAAGAAGCUACUGUACUCGUAAAAAGACUUACGCCUGUAGACCUCGAUUCACCGUGUGCAAAUAUUAAUCCAGAAGAUGAUAUUAUUAAUACUUAUUUGCCCUCAAAUCAACGAAGUGUUUUGGUAAAGCCACCAGUGUGCUUAGAAAAAAAUAAAGAAACGGAAAUUCGUAUUUAUUUAGGCCUUCAAGACAAACGUAAAUCAAAUCCUCGAGCUUCUGUAUUAAUAGAUUCUAUUGUUCUCAUACCAUCUUUUGAAGACUUGCCAUUCUUUUCUAAUGAAACUGUUCUGAAAGAAGAAUUCGAUCGAUUUAAUUGUGGAGAUAUGUAUUAUUAUGAUCUAAAUAGAGAUACAGUCCCUGAAAUUUGUAGAAAAUAUCAUGCUAGUAUUGGUUUUUAUGUAAGAAAUGGUUCAGAGUCAUGUCAGUGCGAUCCUUCUGGAUCCAAAAGUUAUCAAUGUGAUCAAUACACAGGGUAUUGUCAGUGUGUAGAAAAUAUUGUAGGAGCGAGGUGUGAUCGAUGCGCUCCUGGUACAUAUGGUUUCAGUAAAUUUGGUUGCAAACGUUGUGAUUGUAAUAGUAUAGGAUCUUUAGACAAUUUCUGCGAUGCAACAAGUGGGCAAUGUAAGUGCAGAGCGAAUACUUAUGGCCGUGCCUGUGAUUUAUGUCAGCCAGGAUAUUUCAAUUUUCCGCAAUGUCGACAAUGUGAUUGUAAUGGACAUGCUGUAGAAUGUGAUGACAAGUCAGGAGCUUGCAGAGAGUGUAGCGAUUAUACUGAAGGUCAUCGUUGUGAAAGAUGUAUAGAGGGCUAUUAUGGUGAUCCACGGCUUGGUGUAGACAUUCCUUGUCGGUCUUGCCCCUGUCCUGGCGUAAAAGGUGAUACAAAUAGGAAUAGUCACGCUGACCGUUGUGAAUUAGAUUCAGAAACAAAAGAUGUAGUUUGUGAUUGUAAAGAAGGGUAUGCAGGACCUCAGUGUGACGUUUGUGCCGAUAAUUAUUAUGGCGAUCCUGCUAAGAGCACUUGUGAAAAAUGUGAAUGUAAUGGAAAUAUUGAUAUUACUAAACCAGGAAACUGUGAUCCGUAUACCGGUAAAUGUUUGCAAUGUCUUUUUAAUACUGCUGGAGAUCAUUGUGAAGUAUGUGAAGAUGGAUAUUAUGGCAAUGCUUUGGAACAAGCUUGUUAUAAAUGCAAUUGUUCUGUUUUAGGUACUAACUUUACAAAAGGUAACUGUGAUGGUAUAACUGGACAAUGUCCUUGUUUCAAUAAUGUUAUGGGAGUUAAUUGUGACCAAUGUACUGAGAAUCAUUGGAGAAUUGCUUUAGGUACUGGCUGUGACUCUUGUGAUUGCGAUCCGAUCGGUUCGCUUUCACCUCAGUGUAAUCCUUAUAUCGGGAGAUGCGAUUGCAAACCCGGUCAUGGUGGUAGACAAUGUGAUCAAUGCCAGGAAAAUUACUGGGGUAAUCCUAAUAUAGAGUGUCAUACAUGUCAAUGUGAUUUACACGGAUCGGUUACAUUACAAUGUACGAGAGAAAACGGUUCAUGUAUCUGUAAACCAGGAAUCGGUGGAUACAACUGUGACAAGUGUGCUAGAGGUUAUCUUGGUCAGGCGCCGAAUUGUUACACAUGUGGUGAAUGUUUCGACAACUGGGAUCGCAUUAUAAAUGAUUUACAAAUCCAAACGGAAUAUGCUAUUGGCAAUGCAAGUAAAAUAAAAGUUGUUGGUGCAACAGGAGCAUACACUAGAGAUUUUGAAGAAAUGACAAAAAAAAUUGCUGAUGUAGAAAAUAUGCUUCAGACUGCUAAGUUAGGCCAAACAACGGUAAACGAUUUGCAGUCUGAAAUUACUAGCUUGCAAGAUGAUUUGACUGGAAUAAAACAAAAGGUUGACGAUAGUAAAAGCCAUUUGAAUGAUGUUACAGUUAAAAUAAACAUGGGGACUGCUACUCUAGGUGCACUGGGAAAAAGAAUUGAUGAUCUAAAAUCAGAAACUGAUAACUUGAAUAAUAAUGUUACUAAUUUACAGGAAGCGAAUUUGGAAGGAGCGCUUAAUUUAACGCGUGAAUAUAAAGAAAGAGCAAGUAAAGCUGCAGAGGAAACCGAAUCUGUACAAAUCUUAAUUGCUAAUACUGACAGACAAAUUAAGAAUACUGAUCGCCUCAUUGAAAUGCAAUAUACUCAUUUUAAUAGCAAUCAAAAUGAAAAUGACCAAAAAUUAAGUGACAUGCAAAGACAACUAUCGGAAUUAGACUCUCGAUUACCCAAAUUAAAUGAAAAGAUGUGUGGUCAAGAAAGUGAUAGUUGUGAUAUUUGUGGUGGAGCUGGUUGCGGCAAAUGUGGUGGAAUAUCAUGCGAUAAAGGAGCAGUAACAAAAGCGCAACAAGCAUUAGACUUUGCAAAUAAAACAGAGCAAAGAAUAAAAGAUCACGAACACACAGCUGAUGAUAUGUAUCGACAAGUUUCUUUAGUUAAAAAUGAUACUAUUGCUGUUCGAUCUAGAGCUAAAGAUUUGUUUGAUCGAGCAUCUCAAUUUCAAAUAAAUGCGGAACGUAUUCUUAAUGAAAGUCAAGAUUUAACUACUGAACUGAAAGACUUCUUAUCUAAUACUUCUAAUACUCCAGCAGAUGUGAGAACCUUAGCGAAUGAUAUACUAAAUUUAACUAUAAGCACAGAACCUAAAGAAAUAACAGAGCUAUCACAGCGUAUUAAUGAAACCGUCUCGCACCUUAAAAAUAUAGAUAAGAUUAUAGAAGAAACGAAACCAGACUUAGAUAUCGCUGAAGCUCUUAAGCGCAAUGCUACAGCUGUAAACCAGUCAGCCAAUUUCACAUUAAAAACAGCAAAUAAAGUUUUAGAAGCUUUGGAUGAGGCACAAGCAGCCCAAGACGCAGCUGAGAACGCUAUUAAUAAAGCCAAGAGUGAUAUCGAUGCAGCUAAAAGUGACUUGAUACCUAUUUCUACGGAAACAGAACAAGCUCAGAAAAAAGCAAAUGAAACAAAAGAAGAAGUAGAUAGAUUAAGAAAACGCCUGUCUAAAUUAAAAAAAAAUGUAUCGAUUAUUGAAAGGGAUGCUGAACAAGUGAAAAAUGAAUCAAACGACGUUGUUAAUAAGGCUGAAGGAGCUGAACAGAAAGCGAGUCAGCUGAGACGGGACUUUCAAAAAACAAAUAUGUCUCUAGCAGAACGUGCAAAACAAACAUCAAACUCGAGAGAUCGAGCACAACGAUUGUUUGAUCGUGCUGCAAAUCUAACUGCGGUUACUCACGACCAACUAAAUAAACUUGAAAGCAUGGAAAAUAUGUAUAAUGACCAUAAGAUGCAGUUAGACGAAUUAGAAAAAAAAAUUGGUAAUCUCAAUAAUGACAUGAAAUACUAUCUAUCUGAGAUAACGAAACGGUCUAAUUAUUACAGAUCUUGUACUACUUAAACGAUUGCAUUAUACAUUUUUUUCGUUGGACCACGUUGAAUCCAUGAUCGAUAUGAAUUUUAGAUUGUAAAAUAUUGUGUUAAUUUUACUAAUUGUAAUUUCCAUAAGUGCCAUAACAUUAUGCAUUUUUAAUUAUUAUAUCUAAAUAUGAAGUGUGUAAC